GUGAGUAGUAGUUGGGAACCCUCGCAUUAAUCACAGUUUAAUUUUGGGUUAACCGCAUCAACUUCGCAUAUACUAAAAGCGUUGUCAAAGUAGUGUAAUUGCAUAUAUAAUGGAAAAUAAAAAUCAUAAAAAAGUGUGAAAUAUAUAAAAGUAAAUUGAUAACGUAAAAGUAUGGAGAAUGCUUGGCUAAGAGAUACAGGUGGAGGGACAUGGGAUUGGAAUUGGACGGAAUUAUGCGGACACUCUGGUGGCAUUAAACCAUUAAAUCCUGAAACACAUGAUCUUGGAAUUUGUUUUCAACAACUUUGCCUUCAAAUACCGGUUUUAACUUUAAUAGCCAUUAUUUCUGCAUAUCAUUGCGGAAAACAAAAUGCCUCUCUACUUCGUGGAAGUCACUGUCACUAUGCAAUAACUCUUAGGAUUUUAAUUACUCUCUGUCUCAUAGUGCUUCCUAUAAUAAGGGCUUAUAUUAUUUUAACUAAUACUACUAUUUCUCCAAUGCAUAAAGAAUUCAAGAGUAAUACGUCUAUAACUAAUACGCCAGAUACAUUACCGCCAAACAACAAAGAUUUCAAUUUUGAGUCUACCGAUGUAUUAAAUAGUAUCCGCAAUGGAAUUAAUUACACAGCAAAUUUUGCCAAAUUAGUUUUUUCACCUAAUAGUAUAAAAACCACACAUUCUCCAAUACUAUUAUCAUAUUCACAAGAGCAUAUACCAGAACUUACUGCAUUGGGAAAUAAAGCAACCGCUGCUAAACCAAUUGAUUAUCUUGUAGCAGGAACUGAAGGGUUAGCAUGGGUUGUUCAUCUUUGCUUUAUUAUAAGCUUGAGGAGAAGAAAUAAUUGCAAUGUGCGUGGUCCAUUAUUGAUUCGAGCAUUGAUAAUUUUGUUAUCUGUCAUUUCCAUAUUACUACUGCGAAGUCAUUAUAAUAACACAUCUAUGGAUGAUGUUCUACCUAACUUAUCAUUGGGAUUCAGUAUCAGUACAGUAGCGCUUUUGAUACUUUAUAUAUUAACAUUAGUACCUGUCAAUAUUAGAUCGCAAUCUACAAGAUCUCCUUAUGAAGUAGGGGAACAUACUGCAUUAUUGAAUACACCAACUUCAUCUUACAUACAUUUUCCUGGAGACCAAGACCCAAGUUAUCUCGGGACUGCAAUGGAGGAUGCUACUUUGGGUUCUAAAUUGCUAUUCCAUUGGGUGACACCACUGAUGGAGAAAGGUGUUCAAGGAUUAUUAAAUCAUACUGAUGAUUUAUUCGAUUUACCAGAAAAUAUUACUACAAACACCAUUUCUCAAAAAAUAGAUAAACAUUCUAAGAUUCAAACUUUGACUAAUGGUACAGAGGAUAUAAUUACUAAUGAAAGAAUAUUGCAACAAGAUACGAAUGUUAUCCAAAAUAAAUUAACAUUACUAAAUCUUUUACAUAAAUGUUUUGGAUGGCAAUUUUAUGCAGUUGGAAUAUUAAAGUUCAUUGCAGAUUGCUCUUCAUUUAUGGGACCUAUAUUACUGAGUAGAUUAAUAAGUUUCAUUGAAGACAAAAAUGAACCUAUUUCAUAUGGAUAUUUAUAUGCAUCUUUGAUAAUCGUUAGUGCUUUAGUAGGUGCUUUUUGCAAUGCACAUUUUACAUUUUGGAUGUCCCUUGUUGGUUUGAAAAUACGAUCAACAAUUGUUACGCUGAUUUAUAGAAAAACAUUAUACUCUUCUAAUGUUCAUUUACAUCAGCAAUUUAAUUUUGGUGAAAUUGUUAAUUUUAUGACCACAGAUAAUGAUCGGCUUGUUAACAGUUGUCCAAGUUUUCAUACAUUUUGGAGUAUACCACUGGAGCUAAUUGUGACAUUAUAUCUACUCUAUCAACAAAUAGGAAUUUCAUUCCUAGCUGGAGUUACUUUUGCAGUUAUACUUAUACCAAUAAACAAAAUAAUAGCGAAUAAAAUUGGUGUACUUAGUACAAAAUUGAUGGAAUAUAAAGAUAAAAGAGUUAGAAUUAUGGGUGAAGCAUUACGUGGUAUAACUACAAUAAAAUUGAAUGUAUGGGAAGAACAUUUUUCAAGGAACAUUUUUAAAUUACGAGAGAAGGAAAUAAAAUAUUUAAGCGGAAGGAAAUAUUUAGAUGCCUUAUGUGUAUACUUUUGGGCAACAACACCUGUUUUGAUAUCAAUUUUAACUUUUACGACAUAUGUACUACUUGGAAAUGAACUUAAUGCUAAAAUAGUCUUCACUAGCAUGGCACUAUUAAAUAUGUUAAUUGGUCCACUGAACGCAUUUCCAUGGGUAUUGAAUGGUCUUACAGAAGCAUGGGUUUCAGUCAAGAGAGUUCAAAAAAUGCUAAAUUUACCAGAUAUGAAUAUAUGUUCAUAUUACAUGGAAAGUCCACCAGGAAUUGAGAUUAUGUUUAAAAAUGUGACAACUGUGAUUGGUCAAAAUAAUGAUAGCGUCGAGCUUUCGAAUGUCAAAGAUGUAACGAAACCUUCUUGUUCUAAUACAGAGACUAAAAAGAAUGUUACUUUUGAAGAUAAUAAUAUCUUCAAUUUGCGGGACAUUAAUAUUACAGUACAAAAGGGACAGUUGAUUGGAAUUAUGGGUGAAGUAGGCAGUGGCAAAUCACUAUUGCUUGAUGCUAUUUUAGCAGAAAUAACUAAAGUUCAUGGUACUAUUGCAUUAAGCGAUAUAAACAAAGGUUUUGGAUAUGUGAAGCAAAAUCCUUGGUUACAGUGUGGUACUAUUCGAGAUAAUAUACUUUUUGGAAAAUCUUAUGAUUAUAAUAAAUAUAAGAGUAUAUUGGAAGCAUGUGCUCUUCUUGAUGAUAUCAAUUCAUUGCCAAAAAGAGAUUUAAGUGCCAUAGGUGAGGCAGGAAACACAUUAAGCGGUGGACAGAAAACUAGAAUUUCUUUGGCUCGAGCUAUAUAUGCAGAUAAAGAUAUAUAUUUAUUAGAUGACGUUUUAGCAACAUUAGAUACCAAUAUAGCCGCUCAUGUUUUUCAGCAUGCUAUUUUAGGUUUAUUAAAAAAUAAAACGAGGAUAUUAUGCACACAUCAAACUCAAUACUUGAUACAUGCAGAUAUAGUUAUAGAAAUGUUAAAUGGAAAAAUUAUCAAGAUGGGCAAACCAAGUGAUGUUAUACCUGAUGUAGAAGAUUAUUUGUUAUCUUCUGAAUCAUUUGGAAUUGGUUUGAAUCAUAGAUUUAAAAAAAUGUCAUCAAAUGAAUUAAAUCAACUUGUAAACUUAGAAGAAGAUGCUGCAUAUAAUGAAGAAUAUACAGAGAAAGGAAAUUUAAAGUUUCAAGUAUAUACAUCAUAUGUUACAGCUGUGGGACGUUAUUUAGCAAUAUCUAUAUUGAUUUCUAUGAUUUUAAUGCAAAGUUCCAAAAAUAUGACAGAUUUAUGGUUGUCUUAUUGGGUUACACAUACUAAUAUAUCGUCGUUCAAUUCAACCAUUAAGCCAUUAUCAAUAAAAUUAAGAUAUUACCUCAGCAAUUCUAUUGUACAAGAUAAUAACUAUUACUUAACUGUAUAUGGCCUCUUAGCCUUAUUUAAUUCAGUUUUUACAUUAAUAAGAGCAUUUAUAUUUGCAUAUGGUGGAAUUCAAGCAGCUACUUUUCUUCAUAAACAACUGUUAAAAACUGUGAUAAAGGCUAAAAGUAUGUUUUUUGAUGUUCAACCAUUGGGAAGAAUUAUAAACAGAUUUUCAUCGGACACAUAUACAAUUGAUGAUACCUUACCAUUUAUUAUAAAUAUUUUAUUUGCACAGUUAUUUGGUUUAAUUGCCACAAUCAUUGUAACAUCCUAUGGGUUACCAUGGAUAUUUUUAAUUUUGGCUCCACUUGUCCCAGUUUAUCAUUGGAUACAAAAUCAUUAUAGAUUAACGUCCAGAGAGUUAAAACGUCUAUCCAGUACAACUCUUUCACCUCUUUAUGCUCAUUUCAAUGAAACGUUGUGUGGACUUAGCAGUAUUAGGGCCUUUCGAGCUGUAUCUCGUUUUGUACAAGAAAAUGAACUUUUGUUGGAAGCUAGUCAAAAAACACAAUUUGCAUCAAUUUCGGCGAGCCAAUGGCUGUCUCUUAGAUUACAAUUUAUAGGAGUGGCACUUUUAGCUGGUGUCAGCAUUAUAGCUGUUUUACAGCAUCAGUAUGAUAUAGCAGAUCCAGGUUUAAUAGGUCUAGCUAUUACAUAUGCUUUAUCCAUAACAAGUUUAUUAUCUGGUGUAGUAAAUGCAUUUACUGAAACAGAAAGAGAAUUGAUCGCGGUCGAGCGAGUAAAACAGUAUUUGGAUAAUAUUCCAAUAGAGACUAUAGGUGGAGAUAGUCCACCAUUUGCUUGGCCAAGUCAAGGUGUUGUAGAGUUCAGUAAUGUUGUUCUAAAAUAUAGAGAGCAUUUAAUACCAUCAUUGAAAGAAGUAUCAUUUAUUACUCGGCCAGCUGAGAAAAUUGGUAUCGUAGGACGUACCGGUGCCGGAAAAACUUCUAUUUUUACUUCCUUAUUUAGAUUAGUAGAAAUAAGCUCAGGAAGUAUAUUAAUAGAUAACGUUAAUAUACGAACUUUGCAAUUGAAUGCAUUAAGGUCUCGACUAGCUAUAAUACCUCAGCAUCCAUUCCUUUUCUCAGGGACUAUUCGAGAAAAUGUUGAUCCAUUAAAUCAAUAUCCAGAUUUACAUAUAUAUAAAGCUCUAGAGAAAUGUAAGGUUCAUUCAUUAAUUUAUCGUUUAGGAGGUUUGGGUGCUCAAUUAGACGAAGGUGGUAGAAAUUUGAGUGCAGGCCAGAGACAAUUGUUAUGUUUAGUUAGAGCUAUUCUACAUAAUGCUAAGAUAGUUUGUAUAGACGAAGCAACUGCCAAUGUCGAUCAAGAAACGGAUAAAUUUAUCCAAACAACAAUAAAGUCUUCUUUUCGAAGUGCCACUGUAAUUACUAUAGCUCAUAGAAUAAGAACAAUUAUGCAUUGUGAUAGGGUAUUAGUAAUGGGCGAUGGAGAAGUAUUAGAAUUUGAUGAACCAAAUAUACUAAUACAAAAUUCAGAUUCGUAUUUCUAUAAUUUAGCUAAUCAAGAGUUUUCAGAUAAAGAAUAAAUUUAAUGCGAUUUAAUAUCUUUUAAUAUUAAUACUUUUUUAGAAUUUAUAUUAUAGAAUAUAAUCAUAAUUGUAUAUACGAUUAUUUUCCUAAUAUUAGAUAACGAUCGCAUGUAGAUAAAUAAUGCGUAAGAUAUAAUGUUAUUGUUAAUAUAAGAUAAUUAUAUUUUUAUAUAUAAGUCUGAAUAAGAGAUGAGAAGAAUGAUAUAGCGAAAAAAGGUAGUUGUUUAAGUAUUGAAUACAAAUGUGUAUAAAUAAUUUAUAUAAAACGCUAGAUCAAAUAUUAGCGUCAUGCGACGUUGUUGAAUG